AUGAGACUGCAUUUAAAUAGUGGUUGGCGUGAGAGCCAGGAGUCUCGGGACUUACCGAAACCCACGCAGAAAAGUAAACAGAGACUCACCCGUAAGUCUGCUCCGGUCUGUAGGGAGUCUAACCGUGGUCUUCUGAGAGGCCUGUUCCGAAGGAGGCGAUCGCCACGACGUAGCAGCAGCGACACGGCAAACAGCGGUAGCAGACAAGUUGGAUAUAGCGGUACGGAAUAUGUCAUCACUACACUGCCUAGCAACGUAGAGCCCAAUAAAAUGAGCUCCCAGGACAAUGACACACCUGACAUUAAUGCAAAUGAGCCGGACGUACCGGAGCAAGCAGCCAAUCAGGAGACAGUCAUCUCUGACGUAGGUAGAUAUAGGCGAUCCCGUAUGAAACGAACGAGCAAACUCAACCGAUCCGCCAGCACGAGCAGUGCCGAUACACCGCGUGCAAGUCUAUCAACGUGUUCAGCCAGUAGCACAAGCAGCGAUCGCUCGUGUACAAGCCUCGACGGGGUAGAUAUAAAAUCACUUCGAGCCAUCUCAUUCGCAAGACGAAAUCAGUCCUCAUCGCUCCCACGAACACGAUCGGAGACCCGAUUUGGACCUAAAUCACGCACGAGGCUGUAUAAAAGAUCCCUUCGCCACCAGUCGUCUGAUAGUGUUGUGAUCAUCGGUAAAAUGGACGGCGAGGGUAAGAUAUCACGCAGUCCGUCCGACACUACCAUGUCGAGUUCCAGCUCAGUCGAACAGGUAGUUCUACCCAAACCUAAAACUGGACCACAUCCAAAGAAGAAGAUGCUCAGAUCUCACAGUGAAUCCGCCAUUGAUGUAUCGAUGCUGAGAAGACCACAGAACAUGCUUCAAGAUGACCCGCGACGUGGGACCCCAAAAUCAGGCAUCGUUUGCUCCAAUGAAGACCUCAUGAAGAUACUCUCAGAUGCCAAGAAGCACAAGUUCUCCAGAAAGAGGAACAACACCAUCAUAUCUCGACUCGAUGCCACCCCUGAGUUACCACAGGAGACAUCGGUGAACGGGGAAGCAGAGACGUGUCUGGACGAGAAUCUCGGUGAGCUACCCUCACCAAAGAGUAGCACCGUAGAAGCACCACCCAUCACCAACUCGGCUAUCGGGCCUCGUUCAUGGGCCACUCGACACCACAGCAUGCGAAUCACAAAUAACCACACCUCAGCAGCGGAUCUCAACACCCGUGCAAUGGACUUACAGGGCUGGUCCCCGAAACACAUCAGUGCAACCCAGAACAACAAUACCACAACCGCAAACUUUCCCGCUAAGAUCUUCUCACGUGGCGAGAAGAGGAACUCGAACGGGUACUGCCGAGUCCGGUCCUACCCCACUACUGCCCAGUGCCCAACCGAACUGGAGCCCAUGCUUGGAGAGGUUGAGGUCGAGAGCGACCAGGACGAUAACGGUAACACGGUUGAGGUCGAGGUUGUUGAUAAACCAGUCAUCACGACCACCCCGACCGAACCCACCCCGAAACCAGUGACGAAAUGUGAAGCUAAGGACCAACCGAGCACGAGUCAGGCCCCCGCCGCACCUCAGACCAUCGUUUGUACGGGAUUUGAUCCGGAGCUCUUGGGGCAGGCAAUCGAGAGGCACCUAUCCAUUGCUAAGGUGAGUCCAACACACGAGUCCAAACCGGACCGUAGCAGGUCCGGAUCAAUCAAGAACAUGUGGACACAGAACAGAAUCAGCAACCUUGUCACCAGGUUUCCGUUCAGAAGAGAAAAUUCAACGACUGCAGCCGUUUGAAAUAAUACAAACAAACUCUUUAAACAUUGAUUAAUAAUCAUAUGUGUAAAUUGUAAAUAUAAAAUGUCUAGAUUAUUUAUGAAUGACGUUUUAAGACGGACGAAACUGCAUUUGCUUUUUUAUAAAAGGGAAGGUACAACAAUUUUGUUACAUGAAAGCUUCAUCAAGCAAGCCAGUUUAGUAGACCUGAAGUCCAUUGGUUCGUAACAUGUUCCUCAAACAUGAGCCUGCUCACAAUUUAUGAACUUUAGAUGUAAUUCUUUACUGGCUUUUUGCUCUCAUGAGCAGUGCUUGAAAAAAUGUCAGACAAAUAAUUUUGCUGACGACUAACUUUUUUUGAGAAAUCAAUUUCAAUGACCUAUGAGAAAACAAUUUCAUUUGGAAUACUUGCAGAGUUGAUAGUGUGACUCAAACAAUAGAUGUAAAAACAAGUUCUGAAGUUUUUACAAAUCAUACUUCAUUACCAAUGUUGUACCUCCCGUGCAGAAAUGAGAAACGGGAUAUGUAUUCGACAAUGUUAUAAUACUGUCUUCAUGAAAUAUCAUGUAAGUGUGAUCAGUAAUCACGCACAACUCAAUAUUAAUGUGUGUAUUCAUAUUAGUGACUGGAGAGGAGAUGGUUAUAUUUUGACUGAAAUACAGCAGAACACUUAUAGUAAAAAGGGACCAAUUUUUAAAACUCUUCCAAAGUUGGAGUUGGGAACCGCAUUGUUAAAAUAUAUAUUCAAAAUAUAUAAGAACUAUUUAAACAGAACGAAUACUAGUUAGAGUUAUCACCAGUUCCAUAAAUGCAAAAUAACCAAUUAUCAAUUCCAUUAAUAUACAUCUAAUGUUGAGUGUAAAAUUAGAAUCAUAAACGAUAUACUUGAGACUAUAACAUCUUGACAUCAUAUUUUUAAUAAUAAUUAUACCACGGAGUAUCAGAAACUAUAAAAUAUAUUGAAGUUAUUAUUUUUGCACGAAUAUCUUUAUUUAUUUUACAAUUCGUCGCUGGUUCGAUGUCUUAUUAAACUCAAACCCAGAAAAAAAACUGGGAAAUUUCACAUUUUUCAUUUGAAACUGUCAAAAAAAAAAACACGCAAAAGUGUUACUGAAACUGGACGCUGAAUUAUUAAAAAGCUUACAUAGUUUUACAGUUUAUUUUAUUAUUAUGAAAAGAUAACUUUAUACGCAAAUGGUUUGAUAUACAUGUUUUGUAUAGUUAUUCCGUCGCCAGAGCCUAUGAUUAAACAUAUUGAUCUACGUAAUGGUCGGGAAUACUAUUUUAGAACGUCGAUGAAUCAAAACAUAAAAGUCGAAUGUUGUUUGCAUUAAUUUAGCCAUGAAACUAUCCCGAAUAGUAACAUUCUGGUUUUGUUAACGAUGAGAGAAACAUAGAAUAAUGAGUCAAAGAAGAA